CGGAAACCUCGAAGAGGCAGGCUUCCCAUCAUUUCCUCUCAACAAAAAAAAAAGUAUUUCCGAGAGAAGAAUCGGGAGAAGUGACCGAUGGAGAAAGACACGGCGGCGGCGACGGCGGCGACGAGGGUCUGCCGGCGGUGCAAAGCGAAGUACUCGCCGUCGGGAAACACGCCGCAGUCCUGCAGGUUCCACCCCUCAUACUUCGUCUGCCGCCGCCACGACGACCAGAAGAGGUACUACGAGCUCAAGGAGGGCGACCCGCCGUACGCCGCCAAGUUCUACGACUGCUGCGGCGCCGAGGACCCCGCCACCGCAGGCUGCGCCACCGGAUUCCACCUCUCCUACGACGACCCCGAGUGAUUAGCCAACCAACUACUAGUACGCUUGCUUGUUCAUCUCCUCUGAAGCAAACGCAGUGUUCUGUUACUUUGUACAAUCAGCAGAGCAAACACCCUGUUAGUCAUCUGGAUUGUGUGUAUAAAUCAGGGUUCAGAAUAUAAUCCGAUCCUGUAGUAUCAAUGUUCAGAAUAAAAUCGUCAGAAUGAAUUCUGGCUGCGAGCAAUAAUUCAGAUAA